AGCAGAUUUGCCAAAUUGCUUGCCGUCGAUGGAGCUCGAGACUGCGUACAUCGCCCCGCCGACGCAGGCAGCAUAUGUGCUAUGCGCCGACUGUGGCACGGCGAUUGAGCCCAAUAAUUCUGGUCUCUGCGUGAACUGCCUCCGCAACACCGUCGACAUCACAGACGCCAUCCCCAAGCAGGCCAACAUCAACUACUGCCGUAACUGUGAACGCUAUCUCUCCCCGCCACAGACUUGGGUCAUCGCCGAGCUCGAAUCAAGAGAGCUCCUUGCCAUCUGCCUGAGAAAACUCAGAGGACUCAAGACCGUCAGGCUCAUCGACGCUGGCUUCAUAUGGACCGAGUCUCACUCGAAGCGACUGCGCGUCAAGCUCACCGUUCAGAAGGAAGUCCUCGCCUCGACCGUGCUGCAACAGAUCUUUGAAGUCGAGUACAUCGUCCAGUACGGCCAAUGUCCAGACUGUACCCAGCUCGCAGCCAAGCAACACUGGAAGGCAGUCGUACAGGCAAGACAAAAAGUCGACCACAAGAAGACGUUUCUUUUUCUCGAGCAGCUCAUCCUUAAACACGGCGCCGACAAGGAUACCGUGUCGGUCAAAGAAGUCAGAGAUGGCCUCGAUUUCUUCUAUGCUAGCAAACAGGCUGCCGCCAAGAUGGUCGAGUUCCUGCAAGCUGUCGCGCCGGUCAAGAUGAAGCAGUCCGAGCAGCUCAUCUCGCAAGACACGCAGAAUUCAACUUCAAAUUACAAGACGACCUUUUCGGUCGAGAUCUUGCCGAUAUGUAAGGACGAUCUCGUCUGUCUGCCCCUCAAAGUAGCCCGAUCGCUGUCCAACAUUGGCCAGAUCGUCGUCUGUACGCGCGUUGGCAAUUCGAUCCAUCUCAUCGAUCCCGUCACACUCCAUACAGCCGAUAUCACCGCGCCUGUCUACUUCAGGGCACCCUUCCCACCUCUAGCGCCCUUAUCGGGCGCUGUCGAAUUCGUCGUACUCGAUAUCGAGCCAACGCAACAUCCGCCAAAAGUGGCCGGCAAAGGCAGAUUCAUGCUCGCAGACGCACAGGUGACCCCGAUAUCAGGCACAAUGGAGUCUGACACCAUCUAUCACACGAGAACGCAUCUGGGCGCAGUGCUCAAGGCGGGCGAUACAGUCAUGGGUUACCAGCUCCACUCGGCCAACUUCAAUAACACUGCCUGGGAUAGCCUCAAGACUGACCGCAUACCUGAAGUCAUCCUCGUCAGAAAGACCUAUCCCAACCGCGCAAAGAAGAGCAAAGGCCGCAAGUGGCGGUUACGAUCGAUGGCCAAGGAGGCCGGCGAGGAUGGCAUCGGACUCGGACGAGAGCGCGCUGUCAAAGCAGGGCGUAUGCCCGGUCAUGCAGAGCAGGCACGGGCUGAAGCAGAUUACGAAGCCUUUCUGCGCGAUAUCGAAGAAGACGAGGAGAUGCGCCAAGGUGUCAAUCUAUACAAGAAGCCUAAGCCACAGGCUGCGGUCGAUACAAUGGACGUCGAGAGUGUGGCAGAUACGGAAGCGGAUGACGACUUUCCUCGCAUCGACAUGGACGAGCUUCUGGACGAUAUGGACGGCCUGCAGCUCACAGAGGACGAUGCAGGCGAGGAGAUCUCGCCCGAGAACUAGAUCGCAUUGCGUGCUUGUUGUAUGCAGUUCAGCAAAAUGCAGUACUAUGAACAACAACAUC